CUCGAAUCGAAGCUGAAAAUAACCCUUCCCCCCGGCUUAGACGGGUGUCUGAAAGAUGGCGUCGUCCUCUGCCAUUUUGUCAACGAACUAUUUCCUGGCACCAUUUCACUUGUCUAUGUACCAAGAACUGAAAAUGUUGUUUUAUCAGUGGCUAGGUGUAGAUCAAAUGUUGAUUUCUUUAUAAACGCUUGCCACAGGCUUGGCCUUGAAAAAGUGUGUUUGUUUGUUUGCUUGUUUGCGUGUUCGUUUGUUUGUUUGAUUAUUUGA